CUUUCGACGAAGCCCGAGCGGAGCCGACAUGUUGUCGUUCAAGACUGUCUUCAGCUUCGCGGCGCUCCUCCCGUUCGCCCACCUCGUCGCGGCCCAAUCCGCCGUCUGGGGGCAGUGCGGCGGCAUUGGAUGGACCGGCGCGACCACUUGCGUGUCUGGAUCGGCCUGCAUCAAGCAGAACGACUACUACUCACAGUGCCAGCCCAGCGCCGCAUCUCCCCCGGUCACCACCGUCACGCCCACCUUGCCCCCGAGCUCGCCGACUUCGACGACUCCGACGGGCAGCGCGCCAUCCGGCCUUUCGACUAUCCCCGCGUCGCAGCUGUUCAAGAUCUCGAACUUUGGGCCGAACCCGAACAACGUCGCGGUGUACGUCUACAAGCCCGCGCGCGUCCAGUCAAAGCCGCCCCUGAUCGUCGCGAGCCACUUCUGCACGGGAACCGCCCAGGCGUACUUCUCCGGCUCCAAGUUCGCACAGCUCGCCGAGACGUACGGCUACGUCGUGCUCUUCCCGUCCUCUCCGCACUCGGGCACCUGCUGGGACGUAUCCUCGGAUGCGACGCUCACGCACGACGGCGGGAGCGACUCACUGGGCAUCGCCUCCGCCGCGCGCUACGCGCUCGCGAACUGGGGCGUCGACCCCGCGCGCGUCUUCGCCGUCGGCACGUCCUCGGGCGCGAUGAUGACGAACGUGCUCGCGGGCGCGUACCCGGAUGUCUUUAAGGGCGGGGUGGUCGACUCUGGGGUGCCGUUUGGGUGCUUCGCGCUGCCGGGGCAGGCGCAGGAUAGCUGGAACGCGCAGUGUGCGCAGGGGCAGCUUGUGCUCACGGGCGCGCAAUGGGCGCAGCGGGUCUUGAACGCGUACCCUGGAUACACUGGGGCGCGCCCGAAGAUGCAGGUCUGGCACGGAACCGCCGACACGACGCUGUACCCGCAGAACUUCUUCGAGACCGUGAAGCAGUGGACGACCGUGUUCGGGUAUCCGAGCACGCCGCUGUCGAACGUGAGCGAGUCGUACCUGCCGCGCGGGUACUCGAACGCGACGUACGGGCCGAACUUCCAGGCGAUCCUCGCGCAGGGCGUCGGCCACACGGUGCCGCUGUACGAGCAGCAGUAUCUGCAGUUCCUCGGGAUCGCGUAAAGGCGCGACAGGGCGGGAGACUCUAGGAAAUGCAGGUUUGUGGAGGCUUGUCGUUUGGUCGUAUGAACAAAUCAAGGCGAAUUUGGGUCUGAAC